UUGGACAGAAACACAUUUUCACUGGUUGUGUCCUUAACGGUGCUGAAGUUUGGUGGAACAAAUCAGUAAUGUAGGCAAUUUAAAUUGUAAUGCAGUUUAAGUUGGCGACAGUUUAAAUUGUCUACAUUACUGAAUUGGAUACAAACUGUUCCCGAAUUCGGAAAACGUUAAUGAAAACCAGACUCAUCGGCGCCAUGAAGACAUAUUUUAUUCUCCUCUUUUGUAUUCAUGGAGCUUUAUCAGUGAAACAUUCCCUGCGCUACUUCUACACAACCUCUUCAGAAAUCCCAGCCUUCCCUGAGUUUGUGGACAUGGGGAUGGUGAAUGAUCAGGUCAUUAGCCACUAUGACAGCAUCACGAAGAGGAAGGUCCCCAAGCAGAGCUGGAUGGAGACGUUUUUUGACCAGCAGUAUUGGGAUAGCACCACAGAGAACCUGAGAGGUGCAGAGAGCGUUUUCAAAACCAACAUUCAGAUAGCACAGAAGCGUUUCAAUCAAACAGGAGGCAUACACAUUAGCCAGGACAUGUAUGGCUGUUCAUGGGAUGAUGAGACAGGAAUCACAGAAGGGUUUCACCACAUUGGAUAUGAUGGACAAGACCUCCUGACAUUUGACGUGAAGACAGCGACAUGGAUUGCCUCAGUCCCGCAGGCUCUCCACUCCAAAAUGAAGUGGGAAAUGGACCUGUCUAGCAUUGAGAGCAAGAAAAGCUACCUCACCCAGGAUUGCAUUGAGUGGCUGAAGAAGUACCUGGACUAUGGGAAGACUACUCUGCAGAGGACAGUCCCUCCCUCAGUGUCUCUGCUCCAGAAGACCCCCUCCUCUCCAGUGACCUGCCACGCUACAGGUUUCUACCCCAGUGGAGUCAUGGUGUCCUGGCAGAAAGAUGGGCAAGAACAGCAUAAAGAUGUGGAGAAUGGAGAGACUCUCCCGAACGAUGAUGGAACCUUCCAAAGAAGCGCACACCUAACAGUGAUGCCUGAGGAGUGGAAGAACAACCAGUAUCAGUGUGUGGUUCAGGUCACUGGUAUCAAGGAAGACUUCAUCAAGGUUCUGACUGAGUUAGAUAUCCAGACCAACUGGGGUGACCCAGCCCCCAACAUUAUCCUCAUCAUUGGAGGGGUGGUAGCUCUCCUGGUCGUUGUUGUUGUUGGGGUUGUCAUUUGGAAGAAGAAGAGCAAGAAAGGCUUUGUUCCAGCCAGCACUUCUGACAUUAACUCUGAGAACUCUGGGAAAGGUCUCCUGACGAUUUGAGAAACCUCUGCACUUCUGUAACAUCAGAGUAAGUCACUUAAGGAGCUGAAGGUGGUAUUUUUCUUUCUUUUUGGGCGAGUAGGUUCUGUAGAAUAAGUUGGUAAUGGGUCAAGUUAAACAACAACUUUUUUGUGUUUGUGCUUUAUACAUUAUGGAUGCUCUACACAUAAAGCAAUGAUCUACCAAAUCUUAUGCAAGUCACAUAUUCUACAAGUGGAGGAGAGAUUGACUUCAUCACAGCUUUUAUUUAUGAGAGGUACUGACUUGUUGAAUGCACCAAGCUGUCUGUCUAAGCUACUUGCACAUCUCGGACACCAUGCAUACCCCACAACACUGUCUGUGUGGGUGGACCUUUUCAGUUUGUUCGUGAUAUGUACGCUGAGGAACUUAUCUAGAUAAAAAUAGGUUUUGAACAAGUCAUUAUUCCAAAUGGCGUCUUUAUGUGUGAAACAACAAACAACUUCAUAUCAAAUUUUGUAACCCUAAAGACUAAUAGAUCCUAUUCAACUUCUAAUCUCAUUUGAAAAUGGCUUAAUAUGUUUUUCAUAUCCAAUCAUCAGAUGAAAUCAGCUGUCUUUUCAAUAGAAAAUAUCAUGUUUUUCAUUCUUCCUGAGUUGGAAUGUCACAGAAUUUCCUGAUUGUUUUGCGAAAUGCAGAGAAACAAAGUGUCAAGAUGGCUUCUAUAACCUGAGACUAUCUGAUAAACAGGCUAUGGCCUCUGCUUUGUCCUUCUUUCUUCCUGGGGUAUGUGCCAAAUGCCUGUUUUCUGUUGACAAUGACAAUAGCAAAGUCUAUGACAGGGUCAGAUAUUUAUUUUACCACCCAUUGUUUGUUAGGAUUGUGAGUAGGGUAAUCUGAUCCAAGAUUUGUGAUGAGGCAACUUUUAUUUUUUAAUUUUUUAUUAUUAUUAUUUUUUUUGCAUUUUCCCCACUAAUGGUUAAGGGUAGGGGAAGCUGAUCCUAGAUCUGUACCUAGGGGAAACUUUACCAUGGAGCGACAAAGACACCCAAAAGUCAUGUCUCAUCAGGUGAUUCCUCUCAAACAGUGGUGAGAAGAGUUAAUCUACAUAUAGAUGACACUGAUAUUGUUCAUCCUUCACUGUAGGCCUAUUGGACUGAUGGUUUGUCGCUUUUAUGAUUCUUAUCAGGGUUUGAUUUGGUUUUCCCGUCAAAAGUACCAGAACACACUGUGGGAGUGGGCAAGAAUUCAGUAACACAUUUUCAUUGGGGAGAGAAUGAGUGUCCAAAGAUGACUUGGUUGGACUUGUAGGCUUGUUACUGUAGUUAUGGUCAAACAGUUUUCAGCUAGUAUCCACUGGCUUUGUUCUAGUUCUUUCAGUAGCCUAUAAGUCUUAAGGAAACAAAAACCCUUCUUAAAUGAAAAUGUGUCAAUGUAAUAGGCCUACGUCCCACUCGGCAGUAUGGAUAUGAAAACAUCCCCAUGUGUCGGCCAUCUUAUGAUUGAGGAUAGAUAGACACAAGAUGGCUGCAUACUGAGGCUCUUACAUGAAAGGAUGUGGUAUUUAUCUCAACACUGUUUGACACCACCUUCCUCUGUGUGUGUAUGUGUGCACGCGCUGCUCGUGUGUGUGCACAGUACUUUGAUUGCAUUUCUAUGCUGUAUUAUUUUAUUGCUGUGUUUUUCAAUGUGAUAUAAAACAAUUUAAUAUCACAUGGAGCUAGAUCCAACAUGAUGCACCUCCUUCAAUGGGUCACAUCCAGUACGCCAAAUAAAGCUCUGACCUUAACCUGAGAUGCAUGUAGCUCUGUUAUGCCAUUCUCAUAUUGAUGCAUUGUUACAUUUACAUUUAAGUCAUUUAGCAUUGUUCCACCUCUUUCACAUCAAAGUGAUCCUCCUCCCAUGUUAUUGAUUUGAGUCAAGGCCAUUGUCAGAACUAAACUUACAGCAUCAAGUUGUUGCAAGACCUUCCUGUAUUUAGGCCUACCACAAUACACUUGCAGGUUAUCUAAACUGGCUUGUCUUAAAUGAGAAAUACAGUACUUUAUUGUCAAUUGUCACAACGACACUGAUACUGUAUGUGUCCCCCCUUUAUUCCAAUUCAUCUGAUAUAUAUAUAUAUAUAUAUAUAUAUACAAAAGAAUGACCUUUCAACACAAAGUAGUGAAUUUCAGUGAUGGGGAAACUGCAACUACAUGAACCUGACAAAGAUCAAGAUUGCUUCUCAUUCACAAGUCUGGUUAUAAUACAGGGUCUUUCUAUAGGGUGUAAGGACCUCUCAGUGAGGUGGUGAUCUCUUACUGUAUGUUUCUGUUUUAAGACCAUGUGUCUAUCAUAGACUUGGUAUAAUUACAUUAUGACUGUUAGACCAUUUUCUUCUGUUUCAGAUUAAAUACAGUUUUCAAUUA